AUGGAUCUAUAACCAGAAAAUGAAUCAAAAUAUAUAUCUUCGAAUUUAUUACAAAAUAAAGAAAUAUAAAACCAACCACCUUUUUCUAACAUAAUGUAAUCAAAUAAUAUAAUAAUAUCUAGAAUUAUACCAGAAGAAGAAAAUUCUUAAUCAUUAUAAUUCUAAUAAACUACAAUUGAACAAUUAGUUCUAAAUAAGAUUGAAGCUCUUGGCAAAACUAUUGCAUAAGUAUAAGCAAUUGAAAUUUUAAAAAAAUAUACAAAAUAAACAAGAGGUUUAAAUGUACAUUUGUUAACUUAUGAAAUAUCAGAACAAAAGAGAAAUUUUAAGAUUUUGGAAGAUUAUAGUUUAUAAAAUGAAUAAUAAGAAGAAUUUUAAUAAGCUAAAGAGGAAUUCAAAAAGUAUUUGAAGAAUUUUCAAGAUCUUCUUUAGAAUUACGAAUAUAAUUAAUUAUUAGAAAAUAUUCUAUAACCUCCUUCUCUUUAAUCAACAAUAAUUUUGCAGCCAGAUUAAUAGUAUUUGGAUGCACUUGAGAAUUAUCACUAUUAAUCAACGAUUAAUUUUCAUAAUUCUUUGUAAAUCGAUAAAACAGGAUAAGAUUUAUUAUAAAAAAUAAAAAUUUAUAAGUAAGAAUUAGUUAGAUUUUUAUAUUUCGAAUUUAGUGAACAUGAUUCAAAAUAUCUUAGUACCCUUUUAAAUUAUAUUUUAAUUCUUAAAUCUUAAAAUAAUCAUUACGCUCUUCAAUUAUUAAAUGACUUUAUUCGAUAAAUACGUAGUUAUGAUGAUAAGGAUAAAUUAAUGAAUCAAAUUCAAUAAAUAGUAGAAGUCUUUGUAGAAUUAUCUGAGUAUUUUUAAGAAAUUUACAAUUGUAUUAAUGAUAAUUAUCUUAAUUUUGAUGGAAGUAUUGAACUUAAUGCUUAUUAAUUUGAAAUUAUUAUGUUAAUUUAAGAUAGCAUUAUACAUCGUAAAAGAGCAUUAUAUUUUAUAUUAUCUCAAUAAACUAAAUUUGUUAUGCAAUAAUUAAAAUGGAUUUAUAAAAUUGGACCAUCUUAGCCAAAUUUAAAAUAAUUUAAAGAUUUGAAAAAAUUUAUCUCUGAUAAUGUUAAUUAAUAAUUAUUUUAAGAAUUGGAAUUAAUUAAACAACUAUUUAUUUCAACUAAAUUGAGAUUAUUAAUGGAAAUGAUUCUUCAAAUGAAUGUGUUGUAAGACACUGAUAUAAAUUUAGAAUAUUAUAAUUUUUAAAUGUUAUUAUACUAUGAUUUAGAUAUAAUCUAAUAAUGUAUAUAAUAAAAAGAAGAAGAUUUUUAAGGUAAUAUUCAUGAACCUUCAUUUUCUGAAGGUUAAAUUAAUUUUUAAUAACCUUUGGUUCUCUUUUCUAAUAUUUGUGAAUAAGCAGCUAUUGAUGAAAUAGAAUUAAAGAAAAAGGCUUCAAAUGAUAUUUUAGAGUAAAGCUUUUUAUUUAUUAUUUUAGGGAAUUACGGAUAAAAAUAAAGGAAUCAUAAUAAACCCUAAAAAAAGAAGUUCGUUCAACUAAGGUAAUUAUCAAAUUAUCAGAAUUACUUAAUUAAAUUUUUUGGUUUUAAAAGUUAGACGUAAAGAUAUUUGCUAUCUUAUAUCCAUAUUUUUAGGAACUUUAAACUCUCGGAAAAACAUAGGUCUAAUAUCAAUAAGAUAUUUAAAAUCCAGAUUAAAUUCCUAAUUUGUAUUAAUUAUUAAUUGCUUUCGGGUAGGAAGGUGAAAAAGAAAUUUAAUUCUAAAAUAAAGUGAAAGAAUUGGCUAUGUAAUACUCUGAAGAUUAAGUAGCAGAUUUUACUGAUUUGGUAAAAGAAAUAGAAGAAUAUGAGCCUAAAAAAUAGUAGAUUUUUUUGACUAAUUCAAAACAAUAUUAUUCUAAAAAUUUCAAAGACAAUCUAUUAAUUUUAGCAAAAGCAGGUUCAAAAUCGUACGAAGAAGCCACAUAAUAUUUAAUUUCAUAAGUAGAUCCAUGA